AUGAGCUCACGCAAACUUUGGGGCGAGAUGGAAGACGAAGAAUAUGAUGAGACAUUAUUACAAAAUGUGAAUUUCAAUCCUAUCAUAGAACUAGGCAUGCAGAACAUUCCUGAAAUAUCUAUCACUGUCAAAUCGGCACCAGUUGACUUACCGAAGCCAAACUUGAUCACUCACACAAUACAACUUCACGCUUACUCGAGACAGUUAUCAGCUAUACUGGAACAAACAGAAAGUGUUGUAUAUGAAGGGGCCCGUUUAGAUCCAAUGAGCCUGCCGAUGCCUCCUCCGGAACCGAUUAUGGAUAUAGAACAUGAGCCGAAUGCACCCAUAAAUUUUCUUGAGAAAUUUUAUUGCAAUUUUUCACUUGGCAGAGGCCCAUUUGUGCUGCCUUUUACACCUGAAAGCCAUAAACGAGCCAUGCGACAAUGUGCAGCGAUAGCCAUUGGCCAUGUUGGCAUUCCAACAUGCACAAAUUCAGCACUUAAUGCUCUAACUGAUGCUCUUGAUGUGUAUAUGACCAACUUUUGUAAAUUAAUGAGAACAGUGACAGAUAAAGAAGCUAGCGGGUUGAAAUCAGGUUUCCCAGACAUAAUUUCAAAAGUACUUACGGAUUUGAAUGUUGGUAACUUGCAUGAGUUUUAUGAAAAUCGUGUUGUGAAGUACCAUGCUAAGACUAAACAAAGAUGUGAAGACUUAAGAGCCCGAUGUGAAGCAUUUGCAGUAAGAGAUAUUGCACCACAACUAAAAUUGGAAGAAGUUCCAGAGUUACACUUUCCAGCUGCACUGGAUGGUGCAUUUACUCCAUCUUUGGAGCCUGGGUUUCAGAUGCUGCACAGUUUAGAACAGGAACAACUCCAAGGCUUAGAACUGUUGGAUGCUGUUUCAACUGAAGAUAUUAAAAUGGAACCUAUGGAGUUUGCACAGCCAGAAACAACUGCUAAACUACCUCUAAUGUCACCGAGCACUAGUACAAAUACUAAAAAGAAAAGAAAAUGA